AUGAUGAUGUAUGAAAGUAAAGCUUAUGAGGAGGAUCUUGCCCUACUUGAAUCGAUAACAAGGCAUUUGCUCGAUGAUUCUCAAUCCCCCAAAAAAUGGCGCCAGUGUGUUGCUAGGGACAUUUGGAACAGCGGAGGAUUCUGCAUUGGCGUACGACCGGGCAACGUAUCGCAGGAUACCUGUGCAUGGCAGACUAGGGAUGCGGUGGCGGCCAUGUCAACAAUCUCUUCUCCGACGCACCCAUAUUCAAGACUUCGGCGCAGUGCCGCCACAAGAUGGAGAAGCUCCGCCAACUCUACAUCGGUGAGAAGUAGCAGUCUGUUUCCUAUCUGCACCCAGAUGGUCGUUUCAUCUCCUCUUGGUUCUUCUUCGAUAUAUGGAUGCCAUGGAGAACGAAACAGACCCACCCUCGGCUGA